UCUACGCAGUUUGCGCAGUUUCGUAUUCCCGGUUGAGGAUUGGUUGAAACUGGAUUCCAUGCGGGAAACAACGCUGAAUCCUUAGGUCCCUCAAAUACUGCAAGCAAGUUACAUCGGUUACAGAGGGGGACAUUUUUGCAUUACCUUGCUCUUAAAGCACUCGCGGCUUUUUUAAUAUUGGGUAAAAUGGUUAGAUUGGACCUUGGUGAUGUACUUCUGCGCAGGAUGCAGGAGAAGGACAUUGAAGCUGUAAAGGCUCUCAUCAAGGAGGGAUGUGAGGGAACGGAGAACCGCCUGAUUCUUUACCUUCUGACUCGUCCUCUCGCUCUCCUCAUGCUUGCCAUCCUCUCCUCCAUCCUCCGCUGUGUACUGCACUCUUUUAUCUUGGCCUUGGUCAGUCCCGUCUUCAUCUUCAUCAUCUACCUCAAACUCACCAUACCACGGUCGGUGGGCAUCUUGGGCUCCAGCAGGCCAUACUGGGACUACAUGGGCAGCAGUUACCAAGCGGACACCGAGCCAGAUCUACCCAAUCCUCACUCUGGCAGAGCCAGACUGGAGAAAACCAGACGGCGUAAAAAACCCAAAGAAAAGGACAAGACGCACGAGAGAGAACAGGUGGAUGAGGAUGAGCUGAAGGAGAGAGCGAAGGUUGCUGGCGAGGUGUGGGUGGCGGACUCUGAUGGGGAGGUUAUGGGAUGCGUGGCCAGAGAUGGUUGGAGUCGGGACGGUGUAUGUAGGAUCUGCAGGCUGGUGGUCCAGAGCUGGUACCGCAGAGAGGGACUGGGCAGACUGCUGGUGCAGGGACUGGAGUCCAGAACAAAGCAGGGUGGCAUACAGCGGGUCUAUGCCCAUGUGCCCAUUCCAUCCAAAGUGGGAGAAGCUUUCUUCAGGAGGCUGGGUUAUCGUCUGCAGGGCGAGACUGAAGGGACUACUGGAGAGGAGGAGGAGGAGGAUGAUUAUGAAGAGCCAGAGAAGGGUUGGUUGGGUUUCCCUUUAACUAAAGUCUUUGUUAAGGAUCUGUAAAUCUCACUGAAACGGGAACGAGCAAAGCAACGCGUAAUUUAAGGAGUUACACAUUAUGGUCAAUAAACUUGCAGUGUAAUGUAACCACAAAAAUAACUUUUUACAUUUAAACAAAAAAAACAAAUAAGUCAAAUUGAAGCUAAUGGUGAGGCAGCCAGUAGGACAAAAAUAGGGGCCGGUGUUUGGAUUUAAGUAAAAUAUGUAAAGCAAAUAAUUUUGUUAAAAAUUAAAAAUUGUUAUAAAACUGUUAAAAAUUGUGAAUGAGUUAUGAAACUGUUUAAAUACUCAUUUUACAGGCAUUAAUAGUUUAUGGAAUAGGCCUGGGCAAUAUAUAUAUAAAAUGCACAAUAUCACAUUCAGUAUCAUAAAUAUUCACCUGCAUAGCUUGUCAGUGAUCUCCAAUCUCCGACUCUGUGUAUUAACUGCCUCUUUAUUUGAAAACAGGUGAUGGAGAUUUGCUACUAAUCAAAGAACCAACUUAACUGACGAGAUGCGCAUGAAAAUAUUCUGCAAUAUAUUGUCCAGCCCUAUUAUUGAGUGAUAUUGCCAUGAAUUUGUGAAAUUAAGCAUACCUAGUAUACAGUGGUGGGAAUAAUAAUUUGUACUGCUUAUAAUUAUUAUUACAAAUAAUUUAGUACAAGCCACCGCUGAUACUUAUUAAAUAAUUUCAUCAAACUUAAAAUCAUGUUAACAGGCAUAUUGUAUACGUCUUGUGGCAUUACUAUUGAAACGGUGAGUGUUUUGCCAUUGGCUCCACUGUAAGUUACCUAUUUGUGCUUUUUAAUGAAAUGAAUUGUAGGUACAGAUAUUUUUAUGAAUUGUGGUGCAUAUCCAAGUGUAACUUAUCAAAAACUAAAAUCAAAAUGUUCUUUUUGAAUAGGAUUAGUUCACAAUUAUAUCCAUAACAUUUAGUGGAUCAUGUAAUGCCGACUUGAACCUUGAAUAUUCCCUCUAUGCUUAGUUUCAGAUUUAUAAAUGGAUUUGUUAAUUUUCACAUCAUCCCAGUGAAUCACUAACAUCAGGAACCUCUCUCAGAAUAGAUCAAAAUCAUCUAAAAUCAAUUCCGCUGUUGAUUAUAAGAGCUUUUUAAUGUUUGUGAACGUUACAGAAAUCAUCCCUGUGUUGCAAAGCCUGAGCCUGAAAGGACAAUCAGUCAUAUGAUUUAUUGUUUAUAGAAUGGAUUGAUCUUUUGUUUUUGGACAAAGAUAGUGAUUUACGUUUGUUUACCUUAUUUAUUCACCUUAUUUAUUAUGUUGUAUUUAUGAGUGAAUUUGAGGGUUUCUGUGCAAACAUUUUGUACGUUUCAUUAGACUGCUAAUGAAUAUGCUUUUUUUAAUGUACAAAUAAAAGUUUUGUCUCUCAA